AUGGUGAGACACCCUUUGUCCAAGAGAGCCAACAAAUACCUCAGAAAAUUCAAAAAAUGGCCACACUCUCCUUACAAGACCUCAUGGCACCACAAUUUUGGUGAACAACAAGCUAUACAAAACCUCAAACAAGCAACCCUUGAAAUGGGUUCCUCGCAGCAACACCAACCCCAAACACGCAACCUUCCCUACCCUUUUCUUCUCUCCACUCUCCUUGACUCAUUCAAAGCUUACAACUGUGACCCAACUCCAAAAGCUUACUACUUUGUCAUCAAAACCUUAACCAACACCUCCCAGUUGCAGGACAUUCCUCCUGUCCUUGAUCACCUUGAACACUUGGAGAAGUUUGAAACUCCAGAGUCUAUCCUAGUGUACCUUAUCAGGUUCUAUGGUCUUGCUGAUAGGGUCCAAGAUGCUGUGGAUUUGUUUUUCAGAAUCCCCAGGUUCAGGUGCACACCAACUGUUUGCUCAUUGAACUUGGUUCUCUCACUGCUUUGUAGGAAGAAAGAUUGUCUCAAAAUGGUUCCCGAGAUCUUGCUGAAGAGCCAGCAUAUGAACAUUCGCGUUGAGGAAUCUACAUUUCGGGUUUUGAUCAAGGCCUUGUGUAGAAUUAAGAGGUUGGGCUAUGCCACUGAGAUGCUGAAUUGUAUGAUAGAAGAUGGGUAUGGUUUGGAUGAGACAAUAUGUUCUUUGAUAAUAUCAUCAUUGUGUGAACAAAAGGAUAUGACUAGUGUUGAGGCUUUGGUUGUUUGGAGGGAUAUGAGGAAACUAGGAUUUUGUCCUGGUGUCAUGGAUUAUACAAACAUAAUUAGGUUCUUGGUGAAGGAAGGGAAGGGUAUGGAUGCUUUGGACAUUCUGAACCAGCAGAAACAAGAUGGAAUUAAACCUGAUGUUGUUUGCUAUACUAUGGUCUUGAGUGGGAUGGUAGCAGAAGGGGAAUAUGUGAAAUUAGAUGCACUAUUUGAUGAAAUACUUGUAUUUGGACUCGUUCCUGAUGUUUAUACUUAUAAUGUGUAUAUAAAUGGUUUAUGUAAGCAGAAUAAUGUAGAUGAGGCGCUUAAGAUUGUUGCUUCUAUGGAGGAGUUAGAAUGCAAACCGAAUGUUGUUACUUGCAAUACUUUAUUGGGUGCCUUGUGUGUAGCAGGGGAUUUAGGUAAGGCAAGAGAGGUAAUGAAGGAGAUGGGGUGGAAGGGUGUUGGGCUCAACUUGCACUCAUACAGGAUCAUGCUGGAUGGUUUGGUUGGGAAAGGUGAGAUUGGUGAAGCAUGUGUCUUGUUGCAGGAAAUGUUGGAGAAGUGUUUCUUUCCUAGAUCUUCAACAUUUGAUAAUAUAAUAUUUCUGAUGUGCCAAAAGGGCUUGAUUUCUGAAGCAACAGAAUUGACCAAUAAAAUUGUUGCGAAAAGUUUUGUUCCUGGGGCCAGGGCUUGGGAAGCUCUGCUUCUUAAAUCAGGAUCUAAACUUGGGUAUUCAGAAUCCACAUUUUCUGGCUUAUUGGCCCAAAAUUAA